UUGACAACAAAACAGAGGCGACUAAUUGAGCAUUUAAAUGUACUGUAUUUAUUCUGUAUCCCUACACCUUUUUCCGAAGACCCGCAAUAUAUAGGUACGUCGUUAUAACGACUAACGAAGAGCUACGACCCAGCGUUAGCUAACGCUACUUUGUAUUCCAGUUUAGCUAGCUGGUGGUAGUUCAAAGGAGCUUGUUAACGCUAGCGCGCUCACAGGAACUGACAGUUUCCAAUAUGGCCUGCACUUUGGAAAAAGUGCUGGGCGAUGCCCGGACCCUCCUCGAGAGGCUGAAAGAGCACGACAUGGCUGCCGAGGGACUGAUAGAGCAGUCCGGGGCCCUCAGCCAGAGAGUGCAGGGCAUGAGAGAGGUGGGGAAUGCCCUUCCAGACAAGCACACUGAAAACGCGUCAGAGAUUCAGGAGCUGACAAAAUACAAGCCUCACGUCCUCUUGACACAGGAAAACACUCAAAUCAAGGAUCUACAGCAGGAGAAUAAGGAACUAUGGUUAUCGCUAGAAGAACACCAGUAUGCGCUGGAGUUGAUCAUGGGACGAUAUCGCAAGCAAAUGCUACAACUGAUGAUGGCAAAGAAGGAGCUGGACACAAAACCUGUGCUCAGCCUUCACGAGAACCACGCUAAAGAGGUGCAGAGCCAGGUGGAGCGGAUAUGUGAGAUGGGCCAGGUGAUGAGACGAGCAGUGCAGGUGGACGACCAGCACUAUUGCUCCGUUGCACAGAGGCUCGCUCAACUGGAGAUUGAGAACAAGGAGCUUCGAGACCUCCUGGCCAUCAGCAAGAGCUCUGUGAAGACAGCGGGAGAAGAAACCAGCCAGCCGGCACCGGCACCAGCACAAGAAGCGCCCCCACAGCGGGGAUCCUACGAGUGAUGUGAACAGUUUCAGUUGGAACUGUGGUCGGGGAAACAAGUCGUUCAGGACCAGAAGACGAGAUUUAACAAUCUCUUGAUGAUCUACCGCAUUCACCACGUUAUUAUUCUUUUUUCUUUAUAUAUAUAUAUUUUUUACAUAAGAUGAAAUACAGUUGACUCAAAGCAUUUUUUGUAGCGAAGACCAUUUAAACACACCAGCUGUUAGAUGCCUUUAUCUGCAGCUGUAUCUGGAUGAUAGCUAUUGAAUUCAUAUGUACAAUAUGUGUAUUUUCACUGCAGGUGUGUUUAUUCCACAUAAAUUGUGACUUCCAAAGAGGUCAGGUGUCUCGGCUGUCCCCGCCAAGAAUUCAGGGGUAGCUAAGACAUGUGCGUAGUGGAGUAAAGAAAGUGAAAAGCAAAAGGGGUUUCAUUUUGUAUCGUGGCCAAAGACACGUUUUCUCUUCAAGGACACAGUUUCUACCUCUUUGGUGCCCCUUUUGCUGUUAACAUGCACUCAUAACACUUAAGAUACUCAUAACAACCCCAAAAACGAAUUCACUUGAAGUCUAUGGAGAAGCCAACUAGUAGUCUGCACCGUUUGAAGAGAUCUCGUGCCCGAUAAUUGCUUUUUUCAACAAGUUGACUUUGGGCUGUUUCACAGUUUGCCUGCUGAGUGAUGGUGGAUCAUUUGUACACGAUUGUCUUGUCAUUCAAUGAAUUUGAUACGUUUGUCCGUCUGUUUGUAGAAUUUACAUGUAAGGUGUCCCAGCCAACAGUCUUUAUUUAAUGAUAACACUUUCAAAACUUGCCAAGUUUUUGUGUAACGGAUUUUCGAAUGUUUGUGCACUGUAAGUGUCAGAAAAAGUUAAUUAUCAUCUCAGGAAAUCAGUGUUAAUAAGGUAAACAUGUUGUAAUGAC